GCACUGCUGCUGCCUCUCCAAACUGUACUGCUGUCCACCUGUGCAGGAUUAUCUGCGUCCAGGCAGCAGACAGGAGACGCUACACCAUCCAUCGUUUACCAGGCGGAUUACUUAAAGAUGAACCGCCGUUUGGUGGGGAUGAAACGAGGGACUAAGUUGCCACCAUCGCCUCUUUUUUUUUUCCUUCGUGUGCUGCCUGUCAGCCGCUGGCACGCGUUCAGUUUUAGGCAUUGCAGUUUUUAGACUACUUUCUGCCGUGGCUUGUUUCUUGGCCACUCCACUUCGUUUUUUUGUCUCUCUCUUCCCACAGUGCUCUGUGGUGUUUGGUGCUUGUCCACACAUAUCCUCCUGCAUUGGAAAUUAAAGCUUCCUUUUUGAUUACUCCUGCUUGCCCGCUGACUGCCCCGUCGGAGGAGUCCGAUCAGGACGAGAAGGCGCAGCGGGGAGCGCAGCGCGUCUUCUCCGCCCGCACAUUGGCGCACACGCAGAGAGGCGGAGAUAUUGCGCACCGCACCACACAUGGCGCGGACAUGCACGCUCACAUGCACGUGCACACGUACGGAUGCACAUCCAAUCACGCAGCUUUCCCCCUCUGCGUGUAGCUUUUGAUUGCAGCGAAGCGCCGGUUUCCUCCUGAGUCCAAAGUAGAAACGCGUUUACCUUUCACUCAUCCAUCCUCGGCAAGUUCAUUUUUGACAUGCACAAGGCGGACACCCACUAAGGAAAGCACUGCAGAAACAUUCCCAUCUAAAAGAUGAGAGAAAUUGGCCUCAGCGGAUCUUCCGUCGGUCACCGGAAUUGCGAGUGCAGGGUCGGGGCGGAGGGCAGCGGGGAGAGAGGACAGGGAGAGGCCGGGGAGGAGGAGCUCUCAGCCGGACUGCCCGCCGCGGAAGAGCCGGUGCUGCCGGUGCUGAAGAAGCAGGCUGCUGCUGCUGCCGGGGGGAGGCGGGGGGAGGAUGAACAGUGCCUCAGUGUGAAAUUAUAACACUCAGCUGGCUUUGUGAGUGUUUGUUUUUCCGUCGUUGUACCUCUCACUAAUUAGUCUGAAGAUGCGAGAUAACGAACAGUGGCCUACUUAAUAACUGUCAUCCUGUACUCUUAUCAACGUGGCACUUUUGGGUCACCUGAAAGGUAAAUUCAGCACAAGUAAAGGCCUGCAGUCGCGAAUUUACCUGAGCUGUACCCUUUGGAAGGACAUCCUCCCACUUCUAGGCCACUUUACAGCAGUUUAACUUUGUGUCAUGGUUGUGUUUUCUUCCUAGCUUGUAGUUGAAUAGUCCGAGAAUAAUCCUCAUAAUAAUAAUAAUCCUGUAAUCUUUGUUUACCGACUUCUAGUGUGUCUGUGGAGCUCAGUAGUGAGUUAAUGGUCACCAUAUUGCACUGAAUGGUACUUUUUAUGUCUUAAGUAUUACAAAGCUAUAAUAAUUCUUUAUAGUAGUAUAUAUAGUUUAUAGUUUUCUGUGAUAUUUCUAUAGAAUUGUACUUUAAAUGUAUUAUACGACCGCUUUAGAUAUUUUUUUUUAUGACAUCUUAAGAACUUAAAGAAGAACUUUAAGAAAUUCAGUUAGCUUGAAGGAGCCCUGUUUCCAGGUGCCUUGAUAUUGGAGGCUGGUGAUUUAUCAUUUAUUCAUAUACCUAUUUGUCUAUGAAAUAUUUAAAGGUUAGAGAUUGGUUUGAGGCCAUCAUUCAUCCAUUUGCACAUGGAAGUGUUUUGCUGCCUUGGUCUUGUGCGGUGCAAUUGAUUUCCCUGGCUUUGCUUCAGUCAGAGUCCUCUUUAUUCCUGUUUUUUUUUUCUAGGCUAAUUUGAGCGCUGACUAUCUGAGCAAUACGUCUCUGCCCUGGAACGUGAACACGGCCUUAUAAACCCUCCAGAAGACGGUCACCUGCCUGUCAGACAGUCAGACAAACACGUGUGUGUCAUGACACUUGUUGGCAGGUGCCGUUUGCAGAUACACCAACACGCUCGGUUAUUUAUAGACGUUCGUAUCACUGUGUGCUUUUGGAGUAUCGAUUCGGAACAAGAGCUGAUGCUCGCUGGAAUGUAACACAAACUACGGAGCUGCUGCAGUUUCACAAACAGAGACUCAGUGGAAUACAGGCUGCUGAAGUCAGUGAAUGCAUCUCCGGUAUUAGCUGAAAUCAGCUUACUGUGGGGGUCACAAAGACUGCAAACCCAGAGACAUUGUCUCUAGAAGUCUGGACACAAAGCACAACAAGCCCCACCUGAUCUAGAUCAUCGCGCUCGGCGGAAGAGCAUAGCCACCGGGAAGCAGCCCAGCAUGGAGGUCCCUCCCACUGCCCCCCUUCAACCCUUACGACAAUCCAGUUUCCUCAGUAGAAGGUUGAAGGGCUCGAUCAAGAGGGCCAAGAGUCAGCCCAAACUGGACCGAACCAGCAGUUUCCGCCACAUGAUCCUCCCCCGCUUCCGCAGUGCCGACCAAGACAGGACCCGUUUGAUGCAAAGCUUCAAAGAGUCCCACUCUCAUGAGUCCUUGCUGUCUCCCAGCAGCGCUGCCGAGGCGCUGGACCUUACUCUGGACGAGGACGCCAUCAUCAAACCUGUGCACUCCAGCAUCCUGGGACAAGAGUACUGCUUUGAGGUGACUACGGCAUCGGGAACCAAGUGCUUUGCGUGUCGCUCAGCUGCAGAGAGAGACAAAUGGAUCGAGAACCUGCAGAGAGCUGUCAAGCCCAACAAGGACAACAGCCGGAGGGUGGACAAUGUGCUCAAACUUUGGAUCAUCGAGGCCCGAGAGCUUCCAGCCAAGAAACGCUACUACUGCGAACUUUGCCUGGAUGACAUGCUGUAUGCACGCACCACCAGCAAGCCCCGCACCGACACCGUCUUCUGGGGCGAGCAUUUUGAAUUCAACAACCUGCCUGCCGUCCGCAACCUACGCCUUCAUCUAUACAAGGAGACGGACAAGAAGAGACGCAAGGAAAAGAGUACAUACUUAGGACUUGUAAGCAUCCCCAUCUCCAGCAUCACUGGACGUCAGUUUGUGGAGCAGUGGUACCCGGUCAUCCAGCCCAGCGUCCUCACCAAGGGAGCCGGCGUCGGUGGAGGGAAGAUCAUCAACGCAUCCCUACGCCUCAAGUCCCGCUUCCAGACCAUGAACAUCCUGCCCAUGGAGCUGUACAAGGAGUUUGCCGAGUACGUCACCAACAACUACCGCACCCUGUGUGCCGUGCUGGAGCCCGUGCUGAGUGUGAAGAGCAAAGAGGAGGUGGCCUGUGCGUUGGUGCAUAUACUGCAGAGCACAGGGAAAGCUAAGGAUUUCCUGUCAGACAUGGCGAUGUGCGAGGUGGACAGAUUCAUCGACCGAGAACACCUUAUAUUCAGAGAGAACACUCUGGCCACCAAAGCCAUAGAAGAGUACCUCAAACUGAUCGGACAUAAGUACCUCAAGGACGCUAUAGGGGAGUUCAUAAGGGCCUUGUAUGAGUCAGAGGAAAAUUGUGAAGUGGAUCCCAUGAGAACACCACCCUCUGUGCUCGCAGACCACCAAGCCAAUCUCCGAAUGUGCUGUGAACUGGCACUCUGUAAGAUUGUCAACUCCCAUUGUGUUUUCCCUCGAGAGCUAAAGGAAGUCUUUGCCUCCUGGAGAGUGCGCUGUGCUGAGAGGGGUCGGGAAGACAUCGCCGACCGUCUCAUCAGCGGUUCCCUCUUCCUGCGCUUCCUGUGUCCCGCCAUCAUGUCACCAUCGCUCUUCAAUCUCACCCAGGAGUAUCCUGACGAGCAGACGUCACGCACGCUCACCCUCAUUGCAAAAGUAGUGCAAAACUUGGCCAACUUCUCCAAGUUCGGCAACAAGGAGGAGUACAUGUGUUUCAUGAAUGAGUUUUUAGAGAUGGAGUGGGCCUCCAUGCAGAGGUUCCUGUAUGAGAUCUCCAACCUGGACAGUGUCAGCAAUGCAGGCGGCUUUGAGGGAUACAUCGACCUCGGCAGGGAGCUGUCGAUUCUGCACAAUCUUCUCUGGGAGGUCAUGGGUCAGCUCAGCAAGGAUGCCAUCAUCAAACUGGGUCCUUUGCCUCGCCUCCUGAAUGACAUCAGUAUGGCCUUGCGUAACCCUCACCUCCAGAGGCAGCCCAGCCAUCAGAUAGACAGGGUGCAGGAGAGACAGGCGGACAGGCUGCUGUCACGGCCGAGCUUCAACAGGGGCAUCUCAUCCGAGUUUCAAAAUCUCAUGAUGCGGGACGUUAACAGCUCUAUAGAUGCCACUCGCUUGCCUUCACCUACGUCCGCCGGAGGGGUCAUACCAUCGCGCAACCAGAUGAGUUUCCAGGACCGUGACCACCCCCAUCGAGCGUCCUCCAAAGACAUGUUUUACGUCUCACGCCCUCCCCUGGCCCGCUCCAGCCCGGCCUACUGCACGAGCAGCUCGGACAUCACAGAACCAGACCCUAAGGAUUCCCGAAUGAACAGCGUGUCUAACCUGCAGUCGGUGGACAUGCUCAACUCCUCCCAGGCCUCCAUCGCCGGCAUGGGCAGCUUCGGAGGGCUGAGCAGCGGAGGCGGUGGCGGCCUGGGGUCGGGCCUGAGCAGCCAGCUGCGGGCCGGUGGGAGGUUGUCAGCUGGCUCUGGCGGCUCCAGCAUGUCCGGCGGCCUCCGGCUGAGCCAGCUGAGCCAGAUGGGCACCACCACCGACUCGCUAUCCCAGCAGCAGCAACAGCAGGCCGCCGCCAUGCGCUACCCGCUUUCCUUCCAGAAUCCCCUCUUUCAUCUGGCGACCGCUGACGGGCCUCAACAACAGCUCCACCACCAGCACAGCCGCGCCCAGCCCCCAGCGCCCCUGCUCCUCGCUCCAGAUGAUUCGUCUCACCAGGGCUACUUGCCACAGUUUGCCCACGGGGGGUUCUCUCGCAGUGAGGACCUGUCCACCCUCAGGACCCGGGACGGUCACCUGGGACAGCCCAGCAUCAUCCACUCCCACAGCUACAGCGAUGACUACACCAGGGCUGAAUACGGACGCAGGCAGAUGUCCAUGCAUGUGCAGGACAACCUCCAACAGCAACAAAUGAUGGGCAUGACCUCCCAGACAGGAACUUCCCACUCCUCUUUGGCCACCACUCCCCCCACCACCGUGCAACCCGUGCGCCAGAGCUCUGUUGCCCCGCCUCCCUCCCAGCGAAUGAAGUCCCAGACCUCCCAUCAGCUGUCGGUCAGCGCGGCCGCCGCACCUGCUGCUCCGGCUAAAACACGACCGCAGAGCGGGAACCUCCUCCAGUCACCCGAGUCGGCCUACGGCGGCAGCAGACAGCACGGGUCCCGGCAGCUCUCCGUCAAAGACAACACCGCCCCGGGUCUGCCCCACCAGCAGAGCUCUGUCAGGGAGAGCGGGAGUCCACAAGGAACCACCAGUCAGAGCACUCAGCAGUCACCACAGCAACAGUCUCAGCCACAACAACAGCACCUGCUCAAACCCACCAUGAGCAAACAGGGCUCCCAGACUCCAUCCACCCUCAAUCCCCCCUCGGCCAACGAGCGCACAGUGGCCUGGGUCUCCAACAUGCCUCAUCUGUCGGCCGACAUUGAGAGUUCUCGAAUCGACCGCGAGGAGUUUAAACUGAAGGAGUACUCAAAGAGCAUGGAUGAGUCACGGAUGGACAGGGUGAAGGAAUACGAGGAGGAGAUCAACUCCCUGAAGGCACGUCUGAUGAUGUCCCACAAAAAGCUGGAGGAGUACGAGCGCAGGCUCCUCACGCAGGAGCAGCAGACCAAUAAGAUCCUCCUUCAGUACCAGAACCGCCUCGAUGACAGUGAGAGGAGGCUACAGCGACAGCAAGUGGAGAAAGACUCCCAAAUUAAAGGAAUAAUUAGCAGACUCAUGGCCGUGGAGGAUGAGAUAAGGGGAGGACCCUUGAUUGAGCCAAAAACCAGGAUUUUCGCUGAUCAGGGGAGGCGUCAGUCCAUCCUAGUGCAGCCCCGUCUCGCGCCCGUCCCACCCCGAGUAUCCAGCCACUCUCAAAGCUUCAUCGAGGACAAUGUGGAACCUAAUUGGCUGAUGCACCAUCGGCACUCCGCAGGGUGGCACGGCCAAAUGUCCAGAGCCCUCUCUCGUGACGCGAUUGGCUGACAAAGGGAGAACUUGGGGCAUUGGUCCCAUUCUCUUUGCCCAAGGGAUGGUGCAGAGCCCCAGCGGACCAUGUAAGGAAAUGCUGGGAUUUUUUUUUUUUUUUAAUCUCACUUGGGCCCUCUCUUUCUGAUUUGAUAACAGGAUAUUUUUUUUAAAUGUGUCUGACACCUGAUUGGAUCUACAUUUAACUUUUAGGAGGUAGGCUGGACAGAUAUUGGCAUUUGUUAGCCUGCCGAGCAUGCAAUGAACAGCUAUGCAGUCUGAUUACGGAGGAACACAAAGGCCAAGGAAGGCGUGAUGCUCAAAUUGAGAGAGAGGGGAAGUGUAUUGUGGGUAAGAUGUAUUUCAAAGGUGCUUGACUUCUCUUGAAAUUUCGGUCAAAGCUGAUUUCCUUUCAAUGCAUUUAUUUCCCUCUUUCUCUCUCUCUAUCUCUAGUAGUCUUUUUAAAAUUUAGCCUUUUUGAUUCCUCGUCAUCUAUUCACUCUUUAUCUCUCUAGGAAAGCAUUAUUUAACCACUUCAUUUUAACUCCAUUUUAGACACACUCGAUCCCUUUCUCUAUCUAUAGUUUGAGCUCUUCUCUAAGACUUUGACUUUAAAGGAAACUAAAUAUGCACAGCCUAAUACGACAAGUGAAUCUGCUUCAGAACAACACUCUUGCUUCAACAAAGACUUUGAAUAACCGGACAGAAUGUUAUUAUUUAUAUUUCUAUGAUACUGCUUAUUCUUACACUAGUAUUUAACAGAAAACUAUUCAUCAGAAAUCUUCCGGAGCAGAUGUUUAUUUAUUGAUAUAGAUAGAGGCCUCUAUCUAAUGGAAGUUCAUGAAUAAAUAAUCCAUUUUAUAUGAACCAAGUUUUCUUACCGAGACAAUCUUGUGGAGAGACUGUGACGAAAAAAAAAAAAAAAGGGACAAACUUGUGUUGUACCUACUCCCCUGACAGCAGUUUGCACGUUGCUGUGACCGGUGCCCUCUUUCCUUUUAGUUAAAAUCACUUAAAACUAAAACGAACACAAAAAAGUGGACGGAUGUUUCUUGCCCAACAAUCGCCAUGGAGCUCUCCAUAUGCGGACGAUGUGACGCUAUUGGGAUGAGGACAUUCUCGCAGAUGUUUUUUCUUUUUUACUCCACUUCGACUAUGUGUCUGUAGUUUUAACCAAGCAGAGGAUGAACUCUUGGUUUCAGUGUGGCCACAUUUCUGCAGUCUUUAAUGCAGUAAACCCCCCCCCCCCCCCCGUUGAUUUCUACGGAUGGACUCCACUGACACCAGGCCGAGUUUAAAUCCCUGCUCAUGACUGAAACAGAGAGAGAUAUGUUAGAGGUCCUGCUGAAACGAGUGAAUGUGUUUGUAUAUAAGUGUGUUUACUGGCUAAAUCUAUGUGUAUAUACUGGAUAAAUGUGUAUAUAUGGUAUGUCUAUGUGUAUAUACAGUUUGUUUGUAUAUGCAGAGUGUACAGUUAUUUUUUCCUCUAAUGUUUCUCUCUCUUUCUAUGAAUAGGUCUUCUCAAGUUACCGAUACUGAGGCAUGGAAAGGUUUUUAAAACUUACCGAGCUAUCAGAGGCACUUUGUGUGCAGACUUAGAAUAUCAGCCGGGUCUGUCACGUUCAGUACAGCUGCCUUCUUGAAGCUCACACACACACACGAAGACACUCGCAUAAUCUUAAGCUUGCACUCAUUUUCUGACCAACUAAAAAUGCUUUUCUAAGUAGAUCUGGGUGACCAAGCAAUGUUUGUACAUAUAUAGACUAAGACCUUUUUUUGUUUUUCUCUUCAGAAACCUCCAUCUGCAUUUAUUUGAAAAACUCUCGACCUGUUUUGAGUUCUUGCGUAUCUGACUUUCACUUUAGGUUCCUAUGGUAAAUGUUUGCAACGGUUGUCGCUCAGAGUUAUAUAUUUAUUCAGACAACCCAUAUAUAUAUUUCUUGAAAUUUUGUUCCCCAAAUUCUGCCUCUCAUGGAGCCGUCUGACCUUUUUUUGUAACGAAACGGUUGGACCGGCAAAUUCUUCCAUGAAAGUAUAACGUCAUUAUAACAUUGCUUGUUUUUGUAUAGGUCCUUACUAAAUAAGUGUGCCUCCCCUCUUAUACUUAUACUCUUACUAACCUUAGAUCCAUUUACUCUGCUGGUCACUCAUCUUCAUACCCCCUUGACAAGCCAUAGCCCCACCCCCCUUCCCAGAACUCCUCUAUUGUUGUUUUACCAGGACAGACAUUUGGGGAUUUUGUGUAUAUUAAUGGAAGAGUGGUGUUGAAGAGUGUAUUGCAGUUGUAUAUGGAUUUGUUAUGAAUGUGGAUAUUCUGAUCAUUGAAUUAUUAUUGUAAUAAUGAUAAUAAUUAUUGCCACUUUUGUUGAUUAAUUCCUUUGAUGCGGUUGAUGAAGAUGCCAUUGUUCCUUUUUUUUUUUCUUUUGGAAUACACCGGAAUUUAUAUUUUUCGGGUGGGUGAAUCUGGAGAUAGAAAUACGUAAAUAAAUUAAUAAAUAAACAAAUAAUUAAAUUCUUAACAAGGUGUUGAAA